CCGCACGAAUAAAACCGGCUCUUCGACCAAAGCCGUCGUGUCUUUAUUUAAGUAAAUAUUUACUGAUUUCAAGUGAACAUUUACAGGACAAAUACUUGUAUAUAAAGACUCAAUUGUGUGAUCAAUAUUAUGAACAAAAUCAUAAAGCAAUCGUUUAAAAAGUCAUCAAGUACGUGAGGAAAAGGUGAACCAUGUCGAGAUGGGUAAUCCUAUUGAUAUCUGUACUAUUCUCAACGAGAGUCACAGCAAAAUUAUCAUGUUCAAGAACAGGGGAAAGAGAUAUUGUAUGCACAGCAGGAGGCACAAAUUACAUACUAGAAAGAGGCUUGGUGUCAGACCAAAAUGGAAUAACUGGAAUUCAUUUACAUUCCUGCAGAAUAACGCAAAUAAAAAUAGAGUCUUUCAAAGGUCUACCAUCGCUGGAAUAUCUUGACCUAUCACAUAAUUUCAUUUCGAAUCUUGAUUUAGGCGUUUUGGAUGAAAUGCAUGAUAUGAGGGCCUUGAAUUUGUCUCAUAAUUCUAUAAAAUCAUUGCCACUAGGACUUUUUGAUCAAGUACCUAAUCUUGAAGUUCUGGAUUUAAAAGCAAAUGAUUUGAAAAGACUACAAAAGACUAUAUUUGCUCCAUUGACUAAAAUAAGACACUUGGAUUUGAGUAGUAGCAUUCUGAUAGGAGGAGAAACGAGUGUAGAUAUUUUUGAGAACAAUAAAGUAAUUAAGUUUUUGGAUUUAUCAAGGAAUGAUAUGUCAGAUGCACCUGAAAAUUUGUUGAGAACAUUUACGCAGAUUGAUUUUUUGAACCUUGACAGAUGCUUCCUGAACGAAGUGCCGUCUUUCGCCAUUAAGAUCAAUUUGAGGACAAUGAAACAUUUGAUUUUGUCGACGAACCAAAUCACAAAAUUGGAUGACCCUAAGACGUUUUUUAAUUUAGAUAACCUCGAGAUUUUGAAUCUAGCCGAAAAUGCGAUAGAGAGUAUAUCAGAUAACAUUUUUAAGCCUUUAAAGAAACUCAAGUUUAUAGCUUUGAGAAAUAAUAAUUUAAGAACUAUACCAGACACGUUAUUCAAAAAUAUGCCAAAAUUGGUAGUAGUAUAUUUGCAGAAUAAUUUAUUAGAAUCUCUUCCAGUAAAUGCUUUUAAGAGUUCAGGCGUGAAAACAUUGAAUGUAGGAGGAAAUAAGAUAACUUAUUUGGUGGACAAUUUCUGUUUGGAGUUGAAAAAUUCUGGGACAAGUUUGAGGAAAUUCAUGUUCACAAAUAAUCCUUGGCAGUGUCCGUGUCUACUGGAUGUAUUGGCUGAACUAAACAGGAUGGGGAUCGAAUAUAAUCCAGAUAAGUUUGACGGCAAACAUAAAGUGUGUGUGUUUCAGGAUCAAUAUUGUCAUCGGCACGUGGAAUAUAAUAGUAUGUAUGUCAAUUUGUAUAAAGAACUGGUAAAAUAAUAUAUUGUAUUUAGUGAUGGGAAAAAUAGGCUAUAAUUCAACAAAAAAAGCUGAA